AUGACUGCCGAAAGCGCUUCCGGCGCCGCGCCGGACAACACAACGUCAGGUCUCCGGCAGCGCCGGCCGUCCGCAUCCGCCGCCGACACCGUGGUCUCCAAAGUCAAGCAAGUCGAAGCCAAAGUCGAGCGCACUCUGCUGCUUCUCUGGGACGACCUGCCCGCCUGGCGACGCGAUAAUGCCUACAUCCUGUCCGGCUACCGCCAGUCGUCCAAUUCGUACUUUGGAUCGUUCAAGUCCCUGUUUUGGCUGCACAAUGAGUCCGUCAAUAUAUGGACGCACUUGCUCGGCUGUCUGACGUUUCCUCUCGUUGGGCUCUUCUUGUACAGCAUCGUGGCUCCGCGAUACCCCAGCGCGACCAGCAGCGACAUUGUGGUCUUUAGCUGCUUCUUUGGCGGCGCUGCCGUCUGUCUCGGCAUGAGUGCCACUUUUCACAUGCUAUGCAACCACAGCCCUGACGUCGCAAAAUGGGGCAACAAGCUGGACUAUUCGGGGAUUGUGGCCUUGAUUGUAGGAAGUUAUGUGCCAGCUUUGUACUAUGGCCUGUUCUGCAUGCCGCGGUUGAUGACGAUGUACUUGUACGGAAUAUUCUUGUUGGGAUUCGGAUGCGGCAUUGUCAGCUGGGUUGAGAAGUUUCGCACCCCAAAAUGGAGGCCCUAUCGGGCGAUGAUGUUCGUCGGGCUCGGUCUCUCGGGGGUGCUGCCUGUAUGUCAGGGCGUCCUCAUUUACGGAUACCAUGAUCUGGAAAGGCGUAUGGGACUCAACUGGGUUCUACUUCAAGGGUUCCUAUACAUAUUCGGUGCAUUUUUAUACGCCAUAAGAUGGCCGGAACGAAGCGCACCCGGUUCCUUUGAUAUCUGGGGUAGCUCCCACCAACUGUUUCACAUAUUGAUUCUGUUCGCCGCGGCGGCGCAUCUGAAGGGAAUGGCAAAUGCAUUCGACAAUCAUCACACAGUGAUGGGCACUCAAUGCUAG